AUGGAGCACCUGGGUCCCCACCAUCUCCACCCGGGCCACGCGGAGCCCAUCAGCUUCGGCAUUGAUCAGAUACUCAACAGCCCGGACCAGAGCGGCUGCAUGGGGCCGGCUUCGCGCCUCCAGGACGGAGAAUACGGCCUUGGCUGUUUGGUCGGAGGCGCUUACACUUACGGUGGCGGGGGUUCAGCCGCUGGGGCGGGGGCCGGAGCUACAGGAGCUUAUGGCGCUGGUGGCCCGGGUGGUCCCGGCGGCCCGGCGGGCGGCGGCGGCGGUGCCUGCAGCAUGGGCCCACUGGCCGGCUCCUACAACGUGAACAUGGCCUUGGCGGGCGGCCCUGGUCCCGGCGGCGGCGGCGGCGGCGGUGGGGGCGCUGCUGGCGCGGGGGCUCUGAGCGCUGCGGGGGUGAUCAGGGUGCCCGCUCACAGGCCGCUGGCCGGAGCGGUGGCCCACCCCCAGCCCCUGGCCACUGGCUUGCCUACUGUACCCUCCGUGCCUGCGGUGCCGGGUGUCAACAACCUCACGGGCCUCACCUUCCCCUGGAUGGAGAGUAACCGCAGAUAUACAAAGGACAGGUUCACAGGUCACCCCUAUCAGAACCGGACGCCACCUAAGAAGAAGAAGCCGCGCACAUCCUUCACACGCCUGCAGAUCUGUGAGCUGGAAAAGCGCUUCCACCGCCAGAAGUACUUGGCUUCGGCGGAGCGCGCCGCUCUGGCCAAGGCGCUCAAAAUGACCGACGCGCAGGUCAAAACCUGGUUCCAGAACCGGCGGACGAAAUGGAGGCGGCAGACAGCAGAGGAGCGUGAGGCUGAGAGGCAGCAGGCGAACCGCAUCCUCUUGCAGCUGCAGCAGGAGGCCUUCCAGAAGAGCCUGGCCCAGCCCCUGCCCGCAGAUCCACUGUGUGUGCACAACUCGUCGCUCUUUGCCCUGCAGAACCUGCAGCCGUGGUCUGACGACUCCACCAAAAUCACUAGCGUCACGUCGGUGGCUUCGGCCUGCGAGUGA